AUGAAGCCGGUCGCGCUUCGCGCCCAAUCAGCCCACCUUCACCUAGGUCAUGUGCCGCUUCAUCUCGACCGACCCACUUGGCUGGGAAAAGUCUGGUGCUGCUUCUUCCACCAGCGACCCAGGCGUCGCUCCGUCCAGAGAUACGCUGCACAAUUUGUCUCGCUCCUUGUCUUCACGCCAACACCACCACCUCGUGUUGCGGUCACCAUGCACAUCUUCCAGGUGCUCUCCGCACUCCUACUAGCCACCAGCUUUGCCGUGGCUGGUUCUCCUCGCCUCACGCCUCUCGUGCAGCCCCCUGCUGGCAGGGAAGACCUGUACCGCAGUGCCGAGCUGCUUCCCACCGACUUUCCGCCCGAUGCACGCUCUGGCUUCGAUACCCGCUUCCGCACCAGCCAUGCCUACUCCGUCCUCGGCCCCGAGGGUUUCUGGACCGAGUCGUACCUCCGGGCACACUACAUUGAAGACGUUCCUCGUCGAUAUCCACUGCAUCUGUAUCCUCAUCCACCUCCAUUCGACGUGUGGCUCAAGGAACAACGGCUGAUCCGAGCGAUCAACAUGCUGGCGCAGUCGACCGAGGUAGAGAUCGCGCGUGACGGAACCACCAAAGCCGAGCUUCUCGACUUGGAGAUGCUGCAGGUCUACCUCAAGGGCCUGCUGCGUCAGACGCAGAUCGCUACCGCGCUGAGGUACGCUAAUCUUCCUGAAGAGUGGAGGCUGUUCGAGGAAUCGCUGUAUCGAUACUGGGCUUCGUUCGUUCAUGUUAGCCAGGGUCGAGCCGUGCAGGUUUUUAGGAACGGGCAUCUGGAUCAGCACCUCGAUCAUGUCAGGAAGCUCGCGUUUGGUCCUGGCCUCGAAGAGCCCCUGGCGAGCGAUGGGGCCAAGGCGAAACCGCCUACGAGGGAGAACACCCGCAGCAAGGUCAGGACUCCCGUUCAGCAGGAGGCGGCUUCGACUAGCAGGAGCUGGAGGGGCGCAAGGCGCGUAGCUGAUGCAACCAACAGCGCCGAGGAAAGAGAAAGCUUGGUCAAGCAGCUUCACAAGGCUUUCGUAGGUCGUCUUCACUUUUAG